CCUUAUCGUACAAGCCGGACGGCGAGCCGGCUAAGAUAGCGCCACAACUCCGGAUUAAAGACAGAACUGCAAGCCAUGCUUGGUGACCCGCGACUUUGGGGCGUUGUCCCUUUUCCGUUCGCUUUCUACAAUCCAUUGCAGAGAUUUGGAGCAAAGUCUUCCAUAAAGUCCACACCUUUUCAACCAAAACCCACAGCCAACAGAUCCAUCAGCCACAAUAUAUCGCCUACUAUUUACCCUGUAUAUCUUGCACUCGAUUGCAGUGGAUAUAACCCCGCUUUGUCUAAUUGUGGCCUUUUCCUGUCAGGCAACAGACUUGUAGAAAAGCCAAGAGUACAGUAUCUGAGGAAAUAGGAACAUGGGCACCAAAGGCCUUCUUCGCAAUCUUCAUGUCUUUUCCUUGGUCUUGUUUCUCGUGGGUUUUCAAGGUUCCGCACAGGGACGGUUUUUCUCAGUCAAGAAACCUGACCCGAAGGAGGCUGCUGCCACUGCUCGUUGGUUGGUCUCUCAGAAUUCAUGGGGGGUCUUAAAUACUAUCUCAAGUGAUUUGGGAGGAGCACCAUUUGGGAAUGUAGUUUCAUUUAGUGAUGGGCUACCUAAAAAAGGUACUGGCAUCCCAUACUUCUACUUGACAACUCUUGAUCCAACUGCCAAAGAUGCAAUGAAAGACGAGAGGGCUUCAUUCACGAUUAGUGAAUACCCUAUUGGAACUUGCGGCAAGAUAGACCCUGAGAAUCCCACCUGUGCAAAAAUAACACUUACUGGCAAGUUGAAGCUAGUUGAUAAAAAAUCCAAAGAAGCGGAAUUUGCUAAAAGUUCCUUGUUCUCAAAGCAUGUGGAGAUGAAGGACUGGCCUAAGGAUCACAACUUCCAGUUCUUCAAGUUAGAAAUCGAGAAUAUAUUUUUGAUCGAUUGGUUUGGUGGUCCAAAACCUCUACCGGUGGAUGAGUACCUGCAUCCCAAAAAGAACAAACUUACUUCCAUUCUGUGAAUGCUCAUCUAAUUGCCACUUUCUUAUCUGUUUGUGCAUUGGAUGUUACUGUGAAGUGUGCAUAAUCAAUUCAUUGUCAAUAAGAUGUGACAGUUAUGAUUACUCUUUAUGUCGUUACAGUUGUUCCAUCUUAUCGUCUGAUAAGAAUAAUUAAAGACAAUAAGUUGUUGGUAAUUUGUAUUCAUAACAAGCACCCUUAUUAUUGUUUAUUCGAUAAUAAUCCGAGGAUGUACAAUAUACACUUCAAAAUCAGCAUGUUGGUUGAUUCAUGUGAUGUCUUGUAUAUGUGUGCUCAAAGACAUGUCCUUUUUGCUUCCUUAAUCAAAUUUUAUGUUUGUUUGUUUGGCCAACAGCUUCAA